AUGGCGAGGGAGAAGAUUCAGAUCAAGAAAAUCGACAACGCCACGGCCCGGCAAGUAACUUUCUCCAAAAGAAGAAGAGGUCUCUUCAAGAAAGCUGAAGAACUUUCAGUUCUUUGUGAUGCUGAUGUUGCUCUCAUCAUCUUCUCCUCCACUGGCAAGCUCUUCGAGUAUGCCAGCUCCAGUACGAAGGAAAUACUUGAGAGGCAUAACCUGCAUUCAAAGAACCUUGAAAAGAUGGAACAACCAUAUCUUGAGUUGCAGCUGGUCGAGGACAGCAACCUCUCUAAAUUAAGCAAAGAAAUUGCUGAGAAAAGCCAUCAACUAAGGCGCAUGAGAGGUGAGGAGCUGCAAGGUUUAUGUAUUGAAGAGUUGCAGCGUCUGGAGAGUUCACUUGAAGUCGGAUUAAAUCGUGUAAUAGAGAAAAAGGGUGAAAAAAUUAUGAAAGAGAUCAAUCAUCUACAAGAGAAGGGAAUGCAACUCGUGGAAGAGAAUGAACGCUUAAGACAGCAGGUGAUGGAGAUAUCAAAUGGGCGCAAAAACAUGGCUGAAACUGAUUUAGAGAACAUAAUCUACGAGGAAGGGCAGUCAUUGGAGUCUGUCACUGACAACUGUACCUCGAAUGGCUCUCCACAAGAUGAUUAUAGUUCAGAUACUUCUCUUAAGCUGGGGCUACCCUAUUCUGGUUGA